AUGGCGUUCGACGGCAGUGCAAUUUCCGCGUCCACCGCGCCCAAAUCGAAGCAGGAACGAAUCCGUGACAACCAGCGUCGGAGUCGGGCCCGCAGGCAGGAGUAUCUGGCUGAUCUAGAAAGAAGGGUCAAAGAGUGCCAUACCAACUGUCGCGAGGCCGAGCUACAGCGCUCUGCAUUCAACGAUCUACAAGUCGAAAACGCACGGUUGCGCGAUAUUUUAAAUGCUGCCGGCAUCAAUCCUGAUUUUGUCGAGGCAUUUGGCCGCCAGAACGAGACCGGUCAAGCUGUUGCGGCUGCGCACCGUCAAAUCAGACCAAAGUUUCAGCCGCCUUUCUCAGGCGAACAAUCAGAUACCACGAAUACGAUAACACAGUCAACGAGCCCCGGGCAGUGCUGUCCUCCGACCUCGGCUUCCUCGCAGGUUUGCCCAUCUGCUCCCGUCUUGCCCAUGGAUGCUCCUGGCGCGUUUGGCAACCAACAUGCGGUGCCAUUCAUGGCUGCUCCAUCGACAAAUGCGAUGGAUUUACCCUUGACCGCUGAUAUGUCACCGACAUUGGAGGGCUGGAGCCUGCGGCUUGAUGACAGAGAGUCUAUGGAGAUCCCCUUCUGUUGUGAUACCUUUGCCAACCCGUCGGAUGGACCACCACUGACGGACGAUGGAAAUACUAUUCAAUGCUCUGUAGCCAAAAUGAUGAUUGAUCAAUAUCACCCUACGCCCACAGAAAUGGAGGAGAUCAAAGCACGACUUGCUGCGGGGUUUGCACUGCCACGGUCUUCGGAACCCGGCUGUCGGGUGAAUACACAGCUCCUUUUCGAUGUCAUGCAAGAUAUGAACUCACGCGAGCUAUAUGGCUGA